AUGGCGGAUUCCCAGUCAGAUUACUAUUUCGAGUCGUACUCGUAUUUUGGGAUUCACGAAAUCGAGAACUCGAACAUAAUCCACCACGCCCGGCAAAUCGUGAUGGACAACAACUUUGACAAGGGCACGUGUCCUCCCUAAUUGGCAGUAAUCAAAUUCGUGCACUCGCGGGUGGAGGAGGUGGGGGAACUACCGGAGGGAGUGGAGGAGGUGGACAUAAUAAUAUCAGAGUGGAUGGGGUAUUGUCUGUUCUACGAGUGCAUGCUCCCCACUGUGCUGCAUGCGAGGGAUCGGUGGUUGAGGGCGGACGGACUCAUCUUCCCCGACAUUGCCCAGUUGUUCAUUGUGGGGAUUGAGGACAUGGUGUAUAUGGACGACAAGAUCAACUGGUGGGAUGACGUCUAUGGCUUCAACAUGUCCUCCAUCCGACAAGUCGCCAUCAAAGAGCCCCUCGUCGACGUGGUCAACCGGGAACAGGUCUUCACCGACGUGGCUCUCCUCAAACAAGUCGAUUUGAAGACUGUCAAGAUCGAGGACUUGACUUGGGAGACCACUUUUAAAUUGAGUGCCAAGAGAAGUGAUUACAUGCACGCCUACGUGACCUACUUCACUGUCCUCUUCUCCAAGUGCCACAAGAAGAUGCACAUAUCCACAGGUUGGGGAGGAGACUGA